AAACAUAUUUUGCCUUACAGUCGACCAAACUGCAACAAGGGCUCAGGUUUCCACCCACUGUAUAUGAAUGUGAACAUGAAGAAUGGUGAAACCCUGAACAACUGGGUGGACUCCCUGUCAGCAGCCUGGGCCGGGAUUCAGGUGUUAGCUGGGGAUAUCGAGGAGGCCAUAUGCAGCCAUGCAGUCUACUAUUCUAUAUGGAGGAAAUAUGGCAUCCUACCAGAAAGAUACAACUGGCAUUUAAAAGUGCCAGAGCUGAAUUUUUAUCCUCUCAGACCAGAGUUGGUUGAAUCUACGUAUCUUUUAUAUCAGGCAACUAAAAACCCUUUUUACCUCCAUGUUGGAAAGGAUAUAUUAGAGAACAUUGAUAAAUAUGCAAAAGCAGAAUGUGGCUAUGCAACAAUUCAUGAUGUUACAAAGAUGGACCUGGAGGACAGAAUGGAAAGUUUUUUCCUCAGUGAAACUUGUAAAUAUUUAUAUCUUCUUUUUGACAAAGAUCACCAUUUAAACAAAGAGGCAGCCAGUUAUAUUUUUACAACAGAGGGACAUAUAUUACCAAUAAGCCCCAGGUGGAGAGAGAAACCCUGGGAGGAAUAUUUAGAAAAUGACAUACAGGAUGUGUCAUCUGACAGUGAAAAAAGCGUUUUAGAUGUGCGGAAAAAUAAUAUGACCAAUUGUGACAGGAUUCCAGAUGAGAGGAGGUAUUUCCUACCACUGGAGACCAGAUAUCUACAACAAGUAGAGGCUAGUAUAGGCUUGACUGUAACCUGACCACUGAGGACUUAGAUGAGUUGUGCAGAAAUAAUCCCUAGUCAACAGAUUCAGCUAGGAGUUACCUACCAGAGCAUAAGAUCUGCCUUGAAGUUUAAAAAUGCCAUAUUUUAUCUAACUUAAAACUUCUUUUUUAGAUUCAGAGUUGUCACAGACACUGCAGUUGUCCACAUCGCUCUUAUGUCUACAACAUUACCUUCAGCAGUGUUUUUAUCGUGUCAUACUCUACAUAUAUUAUGCAUCCUGACCAUACCAAAGGUUUCCUUCAAACUCUGUGUUUUAACAUCCAGCAUCACCUCAUCACCAUCAUAUCAUAACACUAAAGACAUCUCCUCACUACAAACAUUGUCUAUUGCAUAUAUUCCAUUUUCAUUCCCAUUGCAGCACACUAUAUUUAUACUCAGCUCAUUAGCACAUUCCAGUGUCACAUCCAACCUGUCUCACCUAUCACACUGCUGUGUACCAGCUAACCAUUAACUCCUCAGUUUCAUUAUGCACUAGUACGAUUUCCUUAUUCUGUAGAGGAAUAUUACUUAUCAGCUUAACUGUUAUGGUAAGAUUUAUGUUAAGCAAUACCAGAGCUAAAUUGGAAGGUGCAAUUUUUAUUUUAAUAUAUCAUGUAAUAUAUACAAUGUUGGCUUGCUUACCAUGUUACUACCCUCAGAUGUAACAGAUGGUGUUCUACCAAGCAUAUUUCUGCUGCCAUAUGGGCCUCUUCCCACAUGACCUUUUUUGACAAAAAAAA